AUGGGAUCUUCUACCUCGGAUAGUGAACUAGAACGCAAGCCGCGAAAGCAUAAAAAAAAAGAGAAAAAGUCUAAAAAAUCUAAAAAGGAGAAAAAACAUAAAAAAGACAAAAAGCAUAAACGCCACCGACGAACGCGCUCAUCGUCAUCCAGUACGGGAAGCGAAAGCGACGAAUGGGUGGAAGCUUUACCAGCUGCAGAGUUCAAAAGGGACGCCGAAGAGGUGUCACAGCAGCUGCACGAGCCAAAGCUUGAGCGUGAAGAUUGGAUGAACAGCAUGCUGAUUCCGACUUACAGCAAGGAACCGAAAAAAGAGGACAAGAAAAACCCGACAACUGAACAGUACGAUCCCAAAACUAGUGUCCGUGAGCUGAAUCCACAUUGGAGAAAUGGAGGCACAGGAUUGCCAAGCUUUCGUAAACCGGCAAACGAAGAUGAGGACAACGAGGAUGGUUAUCGGUAUCACCGUACGGCGGAAAUGCAUCAGCAACAUCACCGAACCAGUAGUGCGGGAUGGAAAAAAUCAGCUAAAGAAAAACAAGACCCUUCACAGCGAGAAUGUAAAGGUGAAGUUGAAAAAACAACCGAAAGGGUGACUAAAGCAGAGCCUGCUAGUGAAGAGUUCUUAACAGACGAGCAGUUAAAUGAGCUUGGAGCUAAAAUAAUUAAAGCAGAGUUGGUGGGUAAUGCAACACAAGCGGAAACUUUGAAGCUAAAGCUAGAGAAAGCCAAAGCUUAUCGUCACGAAAUGCAAGCCAAGAAAAAGCAACAAUUGACCCACGACGAAGCGGCUCACAAACGAAGGAAAAGCACGGAAGACACAGUUACGUACGUUACGGGCAAGCAGAGCAGCGAUUCACAGAGGGCCAAUGCUAAAAAACAAAAACGCUACCAGCAAAAUCUACCACCCGGGCCCGCUCUGUCUGAUAAAUUCCGUUCAGAGCGACACGAGAACGACAAUAUGGAUGCACAGUUCUUUAAAGUUUCCUCCAAGCUGGGUGACGGCAAACGGUUGGAAAAUAUAUUCGACCAUCAGAAGGCUUCCUCUUCGACGGGUGGUGUGGAUGCGAUCGAGGAACGUACAGUGCGGGAUAUGAAUCGAAUGAACAAGGCACAGGCGGACUGUGAACGUUGUUUGAACUCUGGCAAAUUUGGACACGAGCAGCUAAUUUCGAUGGGUAAAAAUGUGUACCUUUCGAUACCGACGUGGCGUGCCUUGCAACCGAAGCACUGUUUCAUUGUGCCCGUUGGUCACUACCCGUGUUUAACGCAGGUGGACGAAGAUGUACAUCAAGAAAUAGUCGAUGUGUGCAAGACGUUAGUUCAGAUGUUUCGCAAACACCAAAUGGAGGUGGUUUUCUUCGAAACCGUCCGCUACCUGAACCGCAAUCCUCACAUGUACAUCCAGUGCGUCCCGGCAAAGGAUUACGAGAUGGCCCCGUUUUACUUCAAAAAAGCCAUUCUGGAGUCGGAAACAGAAUGGGCAAUGAACAAGAAGCUACACAACGUGGAUGGCUUCAAUGUGAGACGUACGAUUCCGAAAGGAUUGCCAUACUUUUGGGUAAACUUUAACAUGGAGAGCGGGUUUGCGCACGUGAUUGAAGAUCAGGAGAUGUUCCCAGUUACCUUUGCUACGGAAACAAUUGCCGGUAUUCUCGGUUUAGAUACGAGAGAUUGGCGCAAACCGCGCAAAGAAAUGAACCCGGCACAAAGGGUGGAAGAAUUUAAACACUGGUGGCGUGAAUAUGAUGCAGUUCUACAGACGAAAUAA